AUGUUCUUCAGGGAAGAACGGAGCUUGGCCUACAUUUGUAUAAUCAUUGGCUUCCUGACAGUCAGGCUGUCUGCCAAUCGUAAUUGUCCUACCCAGAGUCUAGAAGAUGUUGUCAUCGACAUCCAGUCAUCUCUUACUAAGGGAAUACGAGGCAAUGAGCCCAUACAUACAGUAACUCAAGAAGACUGCAUUAAUUCUUGCUGUUCAACAAAAAACAUAUCAGGGGACAAAGCAUGUAACUUGAUGAUCUUCGACACUCGAAAAACAGUGAGACAACCCAACUGCUACCUGUUUUUCUGCCCCAGUGAGGAAGCCUGUCCACUGAAACCUGCGAAGGGUCUUAUGACUUACAGGAUACUGAGAGAUGUUCCAUCAUCGGGCCAACCUGAUUUGCUGAGCCAGAGAAUCACUCCCACGCCCCCUCAUCCAACAGGUGAUGCAAAGCCCUCUGGCAUCCUAUGGAGAGAUUCAUUUUCUCAGAAGUUUGGAGCCUCAGAGCACUUGGAGAAAGUACUCAGGAUUGAUCCAGGGAGUACACCGUCCCCUGUUUAUCAAGAAGGAGGGCAUUCUCGGAGUUCCCAGUCUUCCUCUGGACAAAGAAUAGGCCAUCUGCUGCCUGAAAAUGUGACCACGUUCCCCACCACGGUAACUGCUGCUGCUCCACACACCAUCUCCCCCUCCCCAGAGCCCCGGUCUCUCUCCCCCACCAGUGCCCCAGCCGCACCGACUGUGUCUCCUCCACCACAGGUGGCCACCACAGCUCCGCCUGCAGCCACAGUCACCUCUCAGCCUCCCACCGUCAUCUCUACAACUUUGACCCGUGCCGUGGUUACACCUCAAGCCAACAUGACUACCACAGCCAUCCCAACCACCCCCUUUCAGGCACCUACAGAAUGGAAAGGCCCACUGGAAAAGAUGCCCUUCAGAGAAAUUUCCAACCUAACGGUGACCCCCGAGAAGGUCCAUCACCCUGUGACGGGUCUUCUGCCAAAUGUGGGAUCUUCUGCUACGGAUGAAACUGCUCCCCAGGAAACCGGGAAGACCAGCUCAGGCAGCUCCUCCCAGCGUGGUGUUCCAGAGAGUCCACCCGGCCUUCCAUACGAAAAGUGGCUCCUCAUUGGGACCCUGCUCUUUGGUGUUCUGUUCCUCACAACAGGCCUCGUCCUCUUGGGCAGAUUGCUCUUGGAAUCCCUGCGUAGGAAACGCUACUCGAGGCUGGAUUAUUUGAUCAAUGGGAUCUACGUUGACAUCUAA